ACCGCAUGUCAUGUGUUCUUUCGAUCCCCACUGCAUAGUAGGAGUCCUUCUCAACGCAUCCGCCCUGUACAUGACAAACAGUGUGUAAACGAAGGAGGGGUCAGAAAGACGCCAAAGCAUAUGAUUUAGUUGUAUUAUGCAGUGGCGUUCUCCUCUUACUUGAAUUACAAUGGGAACACUUUUUGUUUAUUUGCACACGUUCCUGGCUUUACUAUUUCAGUGUUUACAAAGUAGUGCAUUUAACUUGGACAUUUCCAACCCUUUAGUGCAUUCGGGGCCACCUGAUAGCUACUUUGGAUUUUCAGUGGAUUUCUUCAGACCGGAUAACCAGUUUAACCUCCUUGUUGGAGCCCCGAAAUCUAAUACAUCUGUAUCAGCUGCUGUGGUGGAGCGUGGAGCUGUGUACAGCUGCCCUUGGCAAAUUGCAACAAAGUGCCAGCAGAUUGAAUUUGACAACACAGAUGAUCGUAACAAUUCUCUGGGGAUGGAGUUUAAGUCCCGUCAGUGGUUUGGUGCUACCGUGCGUUCGGAUGGCGAACACAUACUGGCCUGUGCUCCUCUGUAUCAGUGGUCUACCCCCGAGUUCUCUGACCGUGAGACUGUUGGAACCUGUUAUCUCAAGAAAGGGGGAAAGAUUGUUGAGUACUCGCCUUGUCGCAGAAAGUCGCAUAAACCUAGUGGUCAAGGAUUCUGCCAGGCUGGCUUCAGCGCAAACUUUGUGAAAAAUGAGAAGAACAGAGUGGUGGUUGGAGGACCAGGUAGCUUCUACUGGCAAGGGCAGCUGAUCUCUGAUGACAUUUCAGAAGUCCUUAGUAGGGUCAAUAACCUGUACAUCACACCAUAUGGGAACCAGCUUUCCACAACAGAGGGUAGUCCCCUUUUCGACGACAGUUACCUUGGAUAUUCUCUUGCAGUUGGUGAUUUCGAUGGUGAUGGACAAGAUGACUACCUUACCGGGGUGCCCAGAGGACACAAAGUUGUUGGCUAUGUCACCAUAUUUAAUGGAAGAAAUAUGGAGUCCAUGGCAAACUUCACUGGAACACAGAUGGCAGCCUACUUUGGCCAUUCCGUGGCAACGGCUGAUAUAAACAAUGAUGGACACCUGGACGUUUUCGCAGGAGCUCCCCUCUUUAUGAGUCGAACCUCUGACGAUAAACUCCGGGAGCUUGGACAGGUGUCUGUAUAUUUGGGCCUUGCCGGAUUUUCUUUCCAGCAACCGGUCCACCUAAAUGGCUUCGAAGCAUAUGCACGCUUCGGCAGCGCCAUUGCCUCACUUGGUGAUCUUGACCUCGAUGGAUACAAUGACAUAGCCAUCUCUGCUCCUUAUGGAGGUGCUGAUGAGAAGGGUUUGGUGUAUGUGUAUAACGGGCAAGCCAGUGGCAUAGGCUUGGUAGCCUCUCAGGUCCUGCAGGGCCAGUGGGCUUCAACAUCCACACUUUCACCAAGCUUCGGCUACUCGCUGCAAGGAGCAACUGACAUUGACCAAAAUGGCUACCCAGAUUUGAUAGUUGGAGUCUUUGGAGCUGAUAAAGCAGUGUUGUACAGAGCUCGCCCCGUCAUUUCCACAAAUCUAACUUUGGAGAUCAAUCCUCAAGUCCUAAACUUAGAGGACAAGACCUGCCAGCUUCCUGGUACAACUACAGCUGUCACCUGUUUCAAGGUCAAGUACUGUGUGCAGGCCAAGGCCAGGUAUAUAAAGGGGCUUGUAGAAUUAAAUGUGCAGGUUGAUGUGCAGCUCGAUUGGCUCAAACAUAAGGGGACAAAGAGAGCUCAGUUUCUGCUCAACAAAACAUCCAAGCACACAAGUAAUAUCACCGUGCUCCUCACCAACGAACCUAACUGUCAGCAACUGGAGGCCUUUGUCAUUGAUGAUUCAAACUUCCGGGAUAAGAUCACGCCCCUCUCAGUCUUUUUGGAUUAUAGGAUAGAUUAUGACAGUGCGGAAGACUCAACAGGACUCAUACCUGUCCUUACCCAGCUCAGCCCAACCAAUGCAUCCAGACAGGCUCAUAUUUUACUGAACUGUGGAGAUGAUAACAUUUGUAAACCAGAUCUACGGUUGACUGUGAAAAGUGACAAGAAGCAGAUGAAUAUAGGUGAUGAGCACCCUCUGACUCUGGAUGUCGUAGCUGAGAACCUGGGUGAAGGGGCGUACGAAGCAGAGCUUCACGUCUACAUCCCCCCUCAGGCAGACUUUAUUGGAACAGUCCGAAAGGAGGGCCAGCCUCGUCUGUCUUGUGCCUACAGACGGGAAAACCAGACCAGGGAGGUGGUGUGUGAUCUCGGGAACCCCAUGAAAUCAGGAACUUCUCUGUCAACCAGCCUGCGGUUUGGUGUCCAUCAUCUGUCUGAUCAGGACACUCAAGUGAAGUUUGAUCUGCAGAUCCACAGCUCCAAUGAGUUCAAUGGCAGCAGUGACUUGGUCUCCAGCAUCACCAAACUGGCUGUUUUAGCUAGGAUGGAAAUACGCAGUGCAUCAGUACCCACUCAGGUCAUUCUUCCCAUUGCAAACUGGAAACCUAAAGACCCACCAGUAACAGAAGAUGACAUUGGUCCAAUGGUACAACAUAUAUAUGAGUUGCGUAACAAUGGCCCAAGUGUGAUCAGUAAGGCUGUGAUAGAUAUACACUGGCCUUCUAGCUUCAGCAAUGGAAGCCUGCUCUACAUCACCGCAUUUGACCAUGAGGGGAACAUACAGUGCCGUGCAAAUACCCAGAUUAACCCUCUGAACCUCACAAGUCCUCGUGUGGAGAGUAAUGAUACAGUCCCAGGUGGUGGAGACAACCGGGGAGAGGCACGGACGCGGACUCGCCGUGAUGUCACAGACAAAUCAGCAGAUGCCGCAGCACUCCGGGUGAUUUUGGAUUGUGACACAGCAUUGUGUUUACAAAUAAAAUGUGAGGUGGGUCGUCUGGAAAGAGGACAGCGUGCCAUUGUAUUAAUUAAAUCACGACUCGCUGUCUCCACCUUCCUCAAGACAGAAACUCAAAAUGGGUUGUAUAGUGUUGUUUCAUCUGCCUCCUUCAACGUAACAGAGAUGCCAUAUAAACAGCUGGUGACUGAGCUACCAUACAACUCGACCACUACAAGCACUAUUGUGGAGUCACUGUUGACUGGUCAGCAGUUGCCAGUUCCUGCAUGGAUAAUCGCGCUGGCUAUUCUGGCAGGACUUCUAGCGCUGGCUCUGCUCAUCUUCAUCAUGUACAAGUGUGGUUUCUUCAAGCGAAGCCGUCCCCCACAGGAAGACCAUGAGAAAGAGCAGCUCCAGCCGCCAGAGAGUGGAGAAGGCAAUGCAGAGACCUGAGUGCACUUGCUACAGAGCCAACACCAUAGCAGCGGUGUGUUUGUAUUUGUGUCUUGAAGUAACAUCUGAAUCACCAAGCAACAGCUUUUAACAUGACCAGGAGGAUGACUUAAGAGCACAGCUUACGCUACUGAUUCAAAAUCCAGUACUUCAGUUUUAAGGUCUUGUAUUUUUAACGAUGUUGAAAUAUGUAAAUAUGAGCACCAUUUGUUUUGAAAAGAAGAUGUGACCGGAGUUACUGAGGAGUUCCUAUUUCAGCUUCUGCCACUUUUAUAAAACAUGAACAUUGACAGCCUAUGGGAUUUUCUCAAAAUUAAUGUUUAUGCAUUUUUAAUCAACAUGACAUAAGGUUUUAAAUGUGUUAGUCUUUACAUAAUUCUUUAUUUCAUAAUAUAUUUUACUUGUUUGGUAAACAAAUGUGCACACAUUACUGUAUUGAAAGUAUAGAGCAGCUUCAGCACCAGUUUUAAUGUAGUUUCACAGAGACUUCUAUUCCUUUAUCAUGAAAACGUAUAGCACGUACAGCACCUGGCAUGUACAGCACUUGCUAUACGUUUUUUUUUUCUUUCCAUUAUAGGAUAGCUUUCUUGUCUGCUUACCAUAUGUUAUCUUUUUUUUGACCCGGCAUUUUCCAAAGUAUACAGUUCUUAACACAACCAUUUAAUUUCACUUACAUGUCUGGAAUCAGAGAGUGCAUACUACUGAAACUGAAACACUGUAACUGUGCAAUAUAGAAUAUGCAUUUUUAAACUAUACCACUGUCUUCUAGAAAAAAGAAAAACAUUUUGAGUUGGUGUUGGGGUCUUCGUGCAGACAACAUUUUCCCAGGCCCUAGACUGCACAGGGCAUCAAUGCUUUAGUGGGGGAUUUAGACAACUAAAC